GUUUACAUUGAUAUUUACAAAGAAUAGAUUUCUAUUUUCUAGUUAUAAAUACAUAUAAUGAAUUAUGUAUAAUAAUUAAAUUCAAUUAGUAACGAACUCUUCUCAUAUUCUGUUACUAAUUGAAAUUAAAAGUCUCAAGAGAACGUGCAUUAAGUAAUAUACCAUAGUGUCAGCGCGCUGUCUUCGAAUUUCGAGGUCUCAAGACUCAACGCCCCUAUUACUAGUCCUAUAUAUUUUUUAGUGGGUAAUUAUACGUUUGCAGUUCUAUAUUCAUUAGUUAAUUACUCAAUAUAGUUCUUCAAGUUAUUAUUUAUUGCUAUUUCAUUACAUAAACAAUCAUAAAAUUCCAUUCAAAAUAAACAAAGAAAAAUCUUAAAUUUAGCUAAUUAUCUAAUCGCGUUGAAAACCAGACAUCGAUCCCAUAAUCUAAAUAUGGGAAUAUGAAUUGAAAUGGCUAGUGAUAAAAAUUAAGGCCUAAAUAAAAAAAGAAGACCUAUAAAAAAUGGACUCCGAUGAAGAUAUUCAGCCACUUAUACAGUAUGGAUCAAUUGAGAGGACCGAUUUAUUAUUGGGAAUUAAUAAACAAAAUUUGAACAUAGAUCCUGAUUUUGAACAGGUCGUCUAUGGUUAUCGCAAGAGUCGAUGGAGGACUUACAUAACAUAUUUCCUGUCAGUACUAACAUGUGGGGUUCCGUUUCUGGUGUUCCACUGGGUGCCGAGACUGUUGUUAUAUGCAUCUUCAGUUAGAUCCAGUUUUCAAGAAGCUGACCAGGUUUUGGUCAUUGAAACAUAUCAGAAAAAAUGUAAAACUCAUUAUAUACACAAGAUAUUAGUUAAAAAUAUAGCAGAUCCUAGUGGUCUUUUAAAUGAAGGCUUUGAAGACGAAUUUGGAAGUGAAAAAGUUCCUAUAGACAGUGCUGAUGAUCUCUAUACUCCUAUACAUUUGGACGAUGGCACUACUUUAAAUGUACAGCAAUUCCAAUACUUCCGACACAAGAAACAAUGUAUAGUAUGGGAUCCGGCUAGAUCGAAAUGGAUAAGACUCGCGGGUGUGGAGCGCGGGGCCACGUGCGCUCAACUACAUUUACUGGCUGCAAGACCGCCGUGCACGGAACGACGGCUUCGCAUGUUAAACAUCUAUGGCCUGAAUGAAAUCAAAGUUCCAGUACAAACAAUAUUGACUCUAAUCCUUCUAGAAGUUUUCAAUCCCUUCUAUGUGUUCCAAUUGUUCACAAUAGGAGUCUGGUUAGCUGAGCCUUAUUACUAUUAUUGUGUUGCUGUUGUAUUGAUGUCGACUUUUGGUGUUGCUACUUCAGUUAUACAGACUAAAAAGAAUCAGCAAAGUCUCCGAGCGACCGUGGAAGCCCAUGAUACAGUGGAACUAUGGGGUGGAAGACGUGUGGAUAGCAAGGCCUUGUGUCCAGGAGAUGUUCUGGUGCUACCAGCUCAUGGCUGCCUGCUGCACUGUGAUGCGGCACUGCUUACUGGCUCCGCGAUUUUGAAUGAGAGCAUGCUCACAGGUGAAUCGGUUCCCGUAACGAAAACAGCGUUACAGCGAAUUGACAAAGAGUUUAACUUGAAGGAACAUAACUCUAGCGUUUUAUUCUGUGGCACUAAAGUUAUUCAAACGCGUUACUAUAACAACGAACCGGUAAAAGCACUCGUAUUACGCACAGGGUACAAUACAAGUAAAGGCCAGCUAGUUCGCAGUAUAUUAUACCCGGUUCCAGCUGACUUCAAAUUUGACAGAGAUUCGUACAAGUUUAUAUUUAUUUUGGCUUGUAUCGCCGUAUUGGGACUUGCGUAUACAGUCGCACUAAAGGCAGCCAGAUCGCUAACAGCCCGCGACAUAGUGAUCAAAGCGCUAGACAUAAUAACCAUAGUAGUUCCCCCGGCGUUGCCCGCGGCCAUGACAGUUGGACGUCUGUACGCAGUGGCGCGGUUGCGACGCGCGCGUAUUACUUGCCUUAAUACGAGAGCGGUUAAUGUUAGCGGCUCACUGGAUUGUAUCUGUUUUGAUAAGACGGGCACAUUAACAGAGGACGGUCUGGACAUGUGGGGGGUGGUGGCCGUCAGUACCGCGACCUCCCCCCCACUGCUGGGCCAGGCUCAGCGGGACCCGAGGCAGAUGAAUGAUCUACACGAGCUGAAGAUCGGUAUGGCCUCCUGUCAUAGCUUGACGGUACUGCAUGGUGAACUGGCUGGUGAUCCACUUGAUUUGAAGAUGUUCGAAUCAACCGGCUGGUUACUGGAAGAGCCAGAUGUUCCAGAAUUAUCGAACUAUGAAAUUUUGACGCCUACCAUUGUGAAACCAAAGGGAUCUGCUAAUAUUAACGUAGAUGAUAUGCAUAUGCCACUAGAAAUAGGGAUAGUGCAGCAGUACCAAUUCGUGUCAUCACUACAAAGAUCUUCAGUGGUGGUCAGGUUACUGGGUGAAGAUGUACUAAGGGUGUACUGUAAGGGUGCCCCAGAAAUGCUGAGGGGUUUGUGCAAACCGGAAACUGUUCCGAAUAAUCUAAAUGAAGUAUUGAGUUCAUACGCCGAGAAGGGAUACAGAGUAAUAGCAAUGUCGACCCGCAUUAUGGAAACUACGUACAAACAAUUGCAGAAAAUGGACAGGGAAGAGGUAGAAUGCGAGUUAGAAUUUCUAGGAUUAGUAAUAAUGGAAAACCGACUUAAAGCCGCUACAACGGGAAUCAUAAGGGAGCUGAAGGAGGCAAACAUACACAUAGUCAUGAUUACAGGUGAUAACAUACACACAGCAGUGAGUGUGGCCAAAGAGUGUGGUAUAUUAGCGAGCGGAGAACGAGUGGUCCAUCUCACUUUACAUCAAGAGAAUGGCGGACCCGUUCUGUACUGCCAGAGCACGCUGCAUGGGGUGCCAAUAGGCAAGCGUGUGCCGUUCACGGGGGCUAGCAUGACUGAGGACAGUGGGGUGGGGUCGUGGGGCGCGGGGGGAGACGGGGUAAGCGGGAGAGGGGAUUUGGAGGCCCCGCGGGGGGUGGGAUACAAGUUUGUGAUGAGCGGGGACGCUUGGAGGGCUCUCCGUGAACACCACCCGUCCAGUGUGGGUCGUGUGAUUGAGAGAGGCGCGGUGUUCGCAAGAAUGUCACCGGAUCAAAAGCAACAAUUGAUAACUGAUUAUCAGGCCCUUGGGUAUUAUGUUGGUAUGUGCGGUGACGGUGCGAACGACUGCGGAGCCCUACGGGCCGCUCAUACGGGAAUAUCUCUAUCAGAACUUGAGAGCAGUGUGGCCGCGCCCUUCACUAGCUCGCACCCCGACAUCGUCUGCGUUUCCCGAGUCCUACGGGAAGGAAGAGCAGCUUUAACCACCAGCUUUGGCGUCUUUAAAUUCAUGAUCGCGUAUUCCCUUACAGAAUUCCUCUCCGUCGCUUUUCUGUACUAUUUCGAUUCGAACUUAACAGACUUCCAAUUUCUAUUCAUAGAUGUCGCUCUGAUCGUUAAUUUCGCAUUCUUCUUUGGUAUGACCGAAGCCCAUACUGGCAAAUUGUCCAAAAUACCCCCAUUGACUUCUCUACUUGGUAUCGUUCCCCUCGUAUCGCUCAUUGGACAAAUGUUUCUCAUAGCGAUCGCUCAAUAUUUGAGCUAUCUAGCGAUCACGUACUUCCCGUGGUACGUGCGUCAUACGUUCGAAGGUGAAGAGGCCAAUAAGUGUUGGGAGAACUACGCUAUUUACACCAUUUCUAUGUUCCAGUACAUUAUUUUAGCCAUCGUUUUCAGUCACGGAGCCCCAUAUCGUAAAUCCGUAGUGACAAAUAAACAAUUGAUGAUCAGCAUUCUCGUCAUGUUAGCGAUUUGCAUUUACAUAACCGUGUCUCCCGCGCAAUGGUUAGCUGAUUUCUUAGAAUUACAGAUGCCAAAAGAUACUUUAAUGGCGUAUAUUGUUUUGGCUUUAGCGUGCCUCAACUUUGUAUUAGCCCUGUUCUUUGAAAGGGUCAUCGUUCAGUAUUUAAUGGAGAUUAAGCAAAUGGUGCCGAACUUUGUAAAGGAACAGCACGUUAGGAAAACGCCUCAUUUAUUAUUGAAAAGGCAGUUAAACAACAUGGACUAUUUGGAAGGAAAUAGCUCCGUUGAUUUUGUGGGCGAAGACACCUCAGUGGAGGGUAGAUGAAAAUUAUUUUCGCCGUGUAUACGGUAUACUUUUAGGCGCGUUUUAAUAUGUUACCUCGAUUUGAAAUUCGCUUUUAAGCGUUCGAAACGAACGAAAUUAUUUCUACAUUCCGUAAAUGCUUUUUUAUUAUUGUUUUUGUUUUUAUUAAUAAUUUACAUGAUCGCGUAUUAUUUAUGAGUAUUAAAACAGAUUUAUAUGUUUUUGAUAUUAUUAUUUGCUUAACAGAUUCUAGAUAUAGAAUUUAUUUUAUAUUAUUAUUUUUGUUGUGAAUGUUUGUCACAAUUUCUUUAUACGUAAGUUGUUUGAAUGCAAGAUUUUUAUGCAUUAUUUGUUUAAUAUAAGUAUAAUACGAAUGUUAUAAUCUCAUAUAACACUAUAAAUAUUAUUAAGGGAUAUUAUAUUAUGAUAAACUUCGUAAUAUUGCAUUACGCAUAUCUUUAUUUUUAUUAAUAAAAAAUUCUUAUAAAAUAAUAUCUGUAUGAGAAAAAAUCUAUAAUUUUAUAAGUAAUUAGUGUAUCUUAGUUAAAUUCACUCUUCUCUUUGGUUUUAUAGUUGUUUAAUAUUUUAUGAACAUUUCUAAUGUAUUAUCUUAUGAUUAGUGUUGUUAAAGCACAGUGUGAUAAUUAGUUUUAUUAUAUAAGUGCCUUAAUAGUUUUAAGAUUUCGAACUGUGUUCAAUUUUAGACCUUAUCGCCUAGAUUAUAAAAGUAAAGUCACGGUAACCCAAUUUUUUAGAAAAAUUAUAUUCCUGUAUGUGUGUAUCUAGCAAAAUAGUAUCUAAUGCUAAGGGUGCUUUUCCACCAAUUAGGAUGCUAGCUAGGAUGUGUAUCCACAGAUUAAGUUACUAUGUAAGUGUAGCGAGGAAUGCUUCUGUAAAAACCAAACAUAUCGCUGCAUUUAGUUUGAAGUUUGAAGCAAUACUAUUGGUUAUUUAUAAACACAAUCCUCGCACAUUAUUGGUGGAAAAGCACCCUUAUAAGGAUGCAUAUUUCACAAUCCUAAAAUUUUAGUAUGUUUUUGUAAAUUCAAUU